GUGUGUUCUGCUCUCACCUGUGGAGCGGCAGAGAUGUUAGAGGAGGCGGUCAUCCUGGCCGCUGUGACCGUGCUCGGUGUCCUGGAGCAAGGUGAGUGAGGCAUGCUGGGAAAAAAGAGGAGCGUGGAAAAAUGAGAUUUAAUGAGAGAGACAAAAAAAGUCUCAUUUGAACUUUUGUUGUUUUUGUUAUUUCAGCUCUUCUCUUAAAAGCUGUUAAAUGAUCCACUGAGCAUUUACUACAAACACUAAAACUUCUGUGUGUGUGUGUGUGCGUGUGUGUGUGUGUGUGUGUGUGUGUGUGUGUGUGUGUGUUUGCAUGUACAGCCUAUUUCUCUCUACAGGUGAUUUACGCCAGGAGGAAGUACUCGGUGUCUCCACCCGCCACCGUUGGUCCACCAGAGUUUGAGCGAGUUUUCAGAGCUCAGUGAGUCUAAAGUUCCUCUAAAGCUGCAGAAAAAAAACAUCUAAAAGUUUUUAUUUAUUGGAGCUGAAACUAAAGAAAAGUGAAAACCAUGAAGUCUUAGAGAUUGAGUUAUUAAUGUAAGAGUAAAUUUAGAUUUUUAAAGUUUUAAUUUGACCUAAAUAAAGUCGUCAGAGAGACACAGGCGCAGGGUUACAGAGAUAAUGUCAUGAACUUUAAUAUUUAAGUCUUUAAAAACACUUAAGUCCUAAUUCAUUUUAAGGAGUGGUCUCAUCUUUAUCAGAGCGACUUCAUAUUUAAAGACAGGGAAGUGACUUUUUGUUUUCAGAGUAAAGCCUUUAAUUUAAAAUCUUGGUUCGAUCCACAUUUUCCCACAGUCCUUAAGUUGUAACCCAUUUUUUAUAAAAGUCAAAACAAGAAAAUUUAUUUCUGAUUAAAAAAAAACCUUCAAAGAGGGGUUUAUAGUUGUCAAAUCUUUGACAUAAAUACACCGUUUUUGUUGAGUAAAGUGCAUUUCAGAGCAAAUCAACUGAGGACGACAACAACUGAAGUUUCGUGUACAGAAAAUAUCAAAUUGUACAAAAAUAGAGACCAGGAAAAUAAAAAAAUUGACUUAUUGGAAUCUCUGCAUUCAGAGCAUAUUUGGAAGAACCUGAGGAGGACAAAAGUGAAUAAAUAUCAAAUUAAACAUAAUAAAGACCAUAAAAGAAAACAUGUAAUUUUACUGCAGUCAGGACACAUUAAUGAGAAACCGAGGAGAACCAGGACAGAACGUGUGACUUUCAAUAUAAACUAUUUUUCAAAAUAAAAGACAAACAUCAGGUAUGAAUUAAAUGUUUACUUUUUUGACCAUCUGUUCGCGACCCACUUUUGGGUCAGGACCCACCAGUUGAAAACCACUGAUUCCAAAGAACAAAGUUAUUAUAAAAAAAGUCUGAAUUGAAGAGAAAGAAGAGUUCACAGUGACAAAAUCCCCACUGAGCAUUUUUUGGUCUAAUAGACGUCUAAAUGUCGCCGAGACGACCGGUCUAAAAUCAGGCUACCAAAGUUUUCUAGACGUCUAAAUUUAGACCAAGUUUAGACCAAAUCUAAAUCUGGGCUGUAUCUAUACUACAUGGUAUAUUGUUUAACAGCUAUCAUAUUUAUUUUGGUUAAGAACUUGGAGAUCAGUUAUAAACUCACAGUUGCUUUUUUAAAUAAAUAGUUAUGGAAUAAUCGGUUAAAGUGCGACGUCUUAAUUCUGUCUAAAAACAUACAGAAUCUAGACGGUUGAAUUUAGGUCUAAAAAAACUAGAUGUCUAAUAGGCGUUUAUUGGUCAGUUGGUUUUUUAAGAGAAUCAAGUUUUCAUGAGGGGGACGGUCAUCACUUCAAUAAAAUAAAUCUGUAGUUUUUAGGGGAUAAAGUUCGUCUUUAACAGGAAAAAAAGUUUAUAUUUGAUUCAAAUAAAGUUUCAGCAGGUUUCAAAAAGAUGAUUUAAUGAAGAAUAAAGACGUCAAGUUAAGUUUUUAAACUAUUUUCUGGUUAAUUUACAACUUUAUUUCUUUUCUAUUCUAUCUCUGUCUUCUGUCCUCUGUAAGAAGAGAAAACAGAUAAAAAUCCGGUCACUGAAUCAAAGUUUUGUCUCUGUGUUUGUUUGUUCAGAGCGAACUGUUCGGAGUAUUUCCCGAUCUUCGUCACCGUUCUCUGGACGUCUGGACUCUUCUUCAGCCAAGGUGAUCUCACAGGACCUCUCACCGUCGCUUUGAGAAGAUUUCAGCUCUAAUUUCCCCGUUUUUCUCGUGUUUCUGUCGUAGGCGUGUCCUCGCUCUGCGGUCUCAUCUACUUAUACGGACGCUUCAGGUACUUCCAUGGAUACGCCGAGUCAGCUCAGGGACGGUACGACGAUCCGACUUCUUAAAUGACGACAAAUCGUAUUUUUCAAAAAGUCUCAUUUACGUCAUUCUUGAUGCCAGAUUUAAAAAAAAAAAAAAGAGAUAUACAAGGAGGAGACUCAACGGCAACGUUAAUAACUGCAGGUAAAAUUUACCUGGAAAACGACGCCUGCAGAAGUUUCUCUAAGCCCUGAAAUUUGUCUGCAGGUUUUCUUAAAAUCCAGCAUGAGUUUGAUGUAUUUACUCCAUGAUCAGAUGUUGCUUUCAUGGAAAUGCACCAUUUUACUCCAUUUACCUUUAGAUAUACAUUGAUGUUAACAGACCAUGAUAAAUAUAUGUCAGCUUAAGAUAAUAAGGGCUUAGUUUUAGGGUCGAAAACAUUUCAAGAGUCACAACUUCAGUGUGUUUUGUCUUCGGAGAGUCUGCAGACAAAAAUCCUAAUAAAUCUCAACUGUGUUCAAACUACCGCAGAAAUGGCUAAAAAGAAGCAACUGAGUAAAGAAACAAAAGUUCAGAUUUGUACACUGAGGAAAGAAGGAUACACAGAAAGAGAAAAACGCCUAAAGGUGUUUAACAAAGGAGUCGACUACACUCUGAAGAGACGAGAGGAACCUGGAAGUUCUGAUGAUAGAAAAAGACGAAAGAGAGUUACUACAAAAGCAGAGGAUAAACAUAGCAUUGACACCAGGAAGAGAGACCGGAGAAAGACAGAAACACAAAUAAGGGAGGAAAUCAACAUGACAAGGUCCAAACCCAUAUCUCUGAGAACUGUGACGUUUGAGAAAGGCUGGUCUGAAGGGUUGUGUAUCUGCAAAAAAACACGACUUCAUCCACAGAACAAGAAAAAGAGAUUUGAGUGGGUAAAAGCUCAAAAAAACUGGACUGAUGAUGAUAGAAACAAGUUUGAACAGUUUGGUUCCAAACUCAGAGUCUAUGUCUGCAGACAAACUGGUGAACGUCUGAAAGCUCCAUGUGUUACACCCACAAUUCAGCAUGGAGGUGGUAGUUCAUGGUAUGGGGAUGUUUAUCAGGUGAUAGAGUAGGAGAUUAGUUUGAAGUAAAGGGUAUCAUGAAGAAGGGACAGUACCACUCCAUCCUCCAGCACCAUGCUGCUCCAUCUGGACUCAGACUUGUGGUUCAUAAGUUUGUUUUGCAGUAAGACGAUGACCCUAAGCUCUCUGCCGAGCUCUGUCAGGGUUACCGAGACAAAAGAGAAGAGGAAGGUGUUCUUCAAAAGAUGGUUUGGACCCCUCAGUCUCCAGUUGAACUUGUGUGGAUGAAUCGGAUCGAUCGGUCAGAGAAACUCGUCCCACGAAUCAGCGUCUCUUUUUAAUGAACUUAAGAAAGCUUGAAUGUAAUCCCUGGAACAGACCUUAGAAAACUUGGUGAACGAAUGCCUGGUAUAUGCCGAGCUGUUGUUAAAGCCAGAGGAGGUUACUUUAAAGAAAGUCUAAACAACAAAAACUCAAAUACCUCAUAAUUAUAGUCAGAAUGUCUUCUGAUAAGUUAAUCUUUACACAAUAGUCAUGUUUAUUGUGUUGAAAAUUAUAUUUAUGAAACUAUGAUCUUUUUUUGGACAAAUCUGAACUUCUUCCAAACUUUUGGCCUGUAGUGUAUGAUUUCUAGUUCUUUGUUGAAAGGACAACUGGACUUGGUUGAGACGUUUCGCCUAAGUCCAGUUGUCCUUUCCAUGCGGUGAUUCCCACUCCAGAGUCCUGUCUGUUUUUAAAUACCCUGAAGAUCAGUAUGGUUCAGUCCUGGUUUUGUUCUUGUCCAGACCCUCUGAGUGAUAAUAACCUCCAUGAUUUUGUCGUCCUCGACGUGUCCGUCUGCAGGUUGGCUCCUCUCUACCUGAGCGCUCGGGUUCUCUGGGUUCUCAUCGGCCUGUCGUCUCUCGGGGUCUUCCUCGCCUUCUGCAGAGUUUACCUGAACCUGGACCUGCUGUACGGGCUCGGCUCUGCCCUCGGUCUGGACUGGAAGGAGAAGAUUUGUGAAUAAACCUGAUUGGUCGAAGGUUGAACUCAGUAAAUUAAAUAAUUCCUGAUUUUUGUGUGUGAUCUUAGAUGAUAAUAAAUAUGUUGACGUUGAGCAGAUUUUAAGUGUAUUUUUGUUUUUUGCUUAUCUAACAAACUGAUAAUAACUUCGUACCUGGUAUUUUUAGUUUUAAUUUUUUUAUUCUUUUCUUUUCUUUGUUUGUCCAGAGCGUCUAACUUGACAUUUUAAAUAUAUUUAGAUAAUAUAAUUCAACAUUUAUACACUUUAUUUGAUUUGAACUUUCUCUUAAACACACUAAUUCACAACAUUGAAAGAAAGCUGCACCUACAGGUUUUAACCACCAGGUGGCAGCACUCUAUUAGAAAGUUGGUGACAUUUAAUUUACACAAAAACGAACUGAAAUUAAACUGUUUUUAGAGCAGCUCCGAUGUAAAGACAUGAAAUAAAAACUCAGAGAUGGACAGAAUAAAUUAUAGAUAAGAGCUAAAAACAAUAAAUAUGAAACAGAUAAGUAUUGAUCAGUAUUAGCAGAAGUGAUUUACUGAUCAGUGUUUAAAGGAAGUGAAAAAAUUAAACGAUCAUGUUUUAAUAAAAAGAUAAACUUCAUUUAGAAUUAAGAUUUUGUUUCUUCGAUCAGCUGAUGUUUGUAAAUAUCUCAGCAGGUGUAACACCCUCCACCUGUGUGUGUGUGUGUGUGUGUGUGUGUGUGUGUGUGUGUGUGUGUGUGUGUGUGUAAUCUCCGAGUGUGUAAACAUGAUCAGAUUAAGAGUUCCUCACACUUUAACUUUCAAUCGCCUUCUCUGAACCGGCCAAUCAGCGUUAAGCUCUUAAUUGGAUCAGGUGAGCUGGAGCUUCAGGUGAGAACAGAAGAGGUUAUCAGGGUUCAGGUCCAUUAGAUCACUUCCUGUCAAUCCGUGGACUGACAGGAAGUGAUCUGACCACAGUCACCUGCUGAAAAAGUCUGAAUUAAUAAAGUUUUGUUGAAUUUUCUAAUUUUUUUAACCCUCAUUUACUUUAAGAUAAACAGAAAUCCACGUCUUAAAGAAGUACGUAGUGAUAUUUGUACCUUAGUAUUGAUUUCUGAUCGUCUGAAUUCAACAGUUUAAAGAAAUAAAAUGACAUAAAUCUGAAAAAGUCUGAAAAACGUUUUACUCUGAGCCGUGAGGAAACAUCCGCCGUGACCAUAAAUACAGACAGCUGCAGGAAGUUUGUGGUCGUAAUGUCCACUCUGCCUUCACAGGUGUGUGUGUGUGUGUGUGUUUUGGGGUUUGGUCUGACAGUGUGAUGUCAUGACGUCUCCAUAUUUUCACGCCACGAUGUCACACGCCACAGAAACAGAAAAGAGAAGCAGCUGUUGGAAAGUUCGAUGAAAGUUAUUUUGAUGCCGAAAACAACAACUGCUGUGAGUUCAGGCUAUAAAUACACACAAAUACACAUACCACACAUCAACUGACCCGUGUGUGUGUGUGUGUGUGUGUGUGUGUGUGUGUGUGUGUUAUGAGCCGUGUCAGAUUGUAGAUAAGUCGCCUACAUUCAGCUCGGUUGUUCAGAGGUCAGAGGGGUUUGUUCUCACAGUCUGAGCCAGGCGCUUCUGGAUUUAUGAAGAAAUAUAAACAUAAAUAAAUACUCAAAAAUAACCCGAUAUUUUCUACGUCUGCGGUGGUGAAUCAGCAAACAUGAACUCGUCACAAACACCUUCUUACAUGAAGAAAAGACAGAAACUCAAAGAAAAUAGAGUCAAGAAAAAAAGGAACAAAGACUUUAAACAGAAAUACAGAUUUUUACCACACUAAAACUAAUUCUGGGUAAACAGGAAGUGUGGCGUCUGUCCGACUGUGUGUCACUGUGUGUAUUCAGUGUGUUUUGUGUAUUUUGUGUGACAGACUGUAAAAGUUGAUUUUCUCUUCCAGUAAAACAAAGUCAAUUAUUUCACGAGCUGAUGGGGAGGGUGGGGGUGCCUCCACACAUCCUGCUGAUUAACUGUGUGUGUGUGUGUGUGUGUGUGUGUGUUUGUCUUUGUAUUUUUGUAAAGACCAAACCUUAAAGCAGAACUCUUUUAAGGCGGGCCGCCACACUCUCUACUCUUUAAACAUAGACCGGAUUAUCCAGACGACUUCCAUCGUUUGACUUAUUGUCAUUUAUACUAAGGUUUUAAAUAAUUUGUACAUAUUUAAUUUCAGUUUUUAUCAACAUUUUAACUCCCGCUCUUAUCGAGUCAGGGUUGUUUGACUUCUGUCCCAUCUGUUAACAUGGAAGAGGUUGGUUUCAUGAUCCUACAUUGCAGCCAGUCAGUAGGGGGCGCUCUUAAUCUUUCAGCUUUAGAGACAGUCCAGACUUAUCGGAUACUUUUUGGUUUAAAAUUUGUGGUCCUCACAAAGUACUUAGACGAUAUGGUCCUCAAAAAGCACUAAAAACAUGUUCUUGUUGUGUGUUUGUGUGUGUAUAUGAUUUGUUUAUGAGUCCUUCUGAGGACCUCUACGGGCAGUCUUUCUUCGGGGACGUUAUUGCCUGUGAGGACAUAGUGACCAAAAAACUACUUGGACAAGUUUCUUUGUCCAUCAUGGAUGUUAAAGGGAUAAUCCGGCGUAAAAUUAAUUUAGGGUCAAACCCACCGUAACACUGAGUUAGACCCCCCUCCAGAGAUGAAUGUUGCCGACCGCUUGCUUCUCUAGUUAUACCAACUUUAGUAACGACCACAGGAUAGCAAUACACAGCGGUCUGAGGAGCCAUAAACAAACUUCAACCAAAA